GCUGGUAUUCUGCGCGGGUGUUUCUGGUGCUGCUUCUGCACGCGGACUGAGUGCUAUUUCUCAUUGCAUUGUAACGUUAGUUAUUGCCCUGUCUGACUACAAUUAAACCCCAAACCUCCACUUUUCACAGUUAUAUCUGUAGAAAUGGCUGAUUCACAGGACGACAAGCUCUACAAAGCCGAAUAUGCGAAAAGUGGACGCGCCUCUUGCAAGAAAUGCAAAGAAAACAUUGCUAAGGACUCGCUGAGAAUGGCCAUUAUGGUGCAGUCUCCCAUGUUUGAUGGCAAAGUGCCUCACUGGCACCAUUUUUCCUGCUUUUGGCUCCGGGCUGCUGUACAGUCACCCUCUGACAUAUCUGGAUUUACUGACCUGCGCUGGGAUGACCAGGAUAAAGUGAAGAAAGCCAUUGAGAGCGGUGGUGCUACUGGAGGGAAAGGAGAGCAGAAGGGAGCAGCUAAAGGGGAAAAGAUACUGAAUGACUUUGCAGUGGAGUACGCCAAAUCCAACAGAAGCACCUGCAAGGGAUGUGAUCAAAAGAUUGAAAAGGACCACAUCCGUGUGUCAAAGAAGUCCGUGGACCCAGAGAAACCUCAGCUUGGUCUGAUAGAUCGCUGGUACCACACUGGCUGCUUUGUGAGCCGUCGUGAGGAACUAUUGUUUAAACCAGAGUACGGUGCCACCCAGCUCAAAGGUUUCGGAGCUCUACGAGAUGAAGACAAGGAGGAGCUGAAGAAAAGACUUCCUGCAGUGAAGAAUGAAGGGAAGAGAAAGACAGAUGAUGUUGAUGGAGGAGUGUCUAAGAAACAGAAGAAAGAAGAUGAAAAACUGGAGCUGAAACUGAAGGAGCAAAGCCAGCUGAUCUGGGGAAUUAAAGACAAGCUAAAGAAGUUCUGCUCCAUCAAUGACAUGAAGGAACUGCUUAUUGCUAACAAACAGGAAGUUCCCUCUGGGGAGUCAAAUGUUGUGGACCGGCUAUCAGAUUGCAUGGCGUUUGGGUCCUUGAAGCCUUGUGAGACUUGCAAAGGACAACUUGUGUUUAAGAGCGAUGCAUACUACUGUACUGGAGACAUCUCUGCAUGGACCAAGUGUGUAUUCAAGACUCAGACACCUGAUCGCAAAGACUGGGUCACUCCUAAGGAGUUCAGUGAUAUUCCCUUCCUGAAGAAGUUUAAGUUCAAACGGCAGGACCGUUUGUUUCCCAAAGAUGCUCCUCCUGCGACCCCCACCCCCUCGUCUGCUACCGUGACCUCAGCCGUCCCGAGCAUGUCCACUUCCUCCAGUAACAACCUCUCAGAGGUGCCUGCAGAUAAGCCUCUGACAGGACUGAAGCUGCUGGCUGUGGGAAAACUAAGCAAGAACAAAGAUGAGCUGAAAACUGCAGUGGAAGAACUGGGAGGAAAAAUCACAGGCACUGCCAACAAAUCUGCUCUCUGCAUCAGCAGCAAGAAGGAGAUUGAAAAAAUGAGCAAGAAGAUGGAGGAGGUGAGGGACGCAGGUGUGCGUGUGGUGGCAGAGGACUUCCUCACUGACAUCAAGGAGUCGGGCAAGGCCCUCCAGGAGCUCAUCUCCCUGCACAGCAUCUCCCCUUGGGGUGCUGAAGUUAAAGUCGAGGCCCAGGCUGCAAGCGCGGCCUCCAAAUCCACUGGAGCUCAUUCCUCAAAGAGUACUGGCAGAGUCAAAGAGGAAAAAGUUGAAAGCAUAUCAAAGAAAAUGAAACUGACAGUGAAGGGAGGGGCAGCUGUAGAUCCUGCCUCAGGUCUGGAAGACUGUGCUCACGUCCUGGAUCAGAAUGGGAAGAUUUACAGCGCCACACUGGGUCUCGUGGACAUUGUUAGAGGGACAAAUUCAUACUACAAAUUACAGUUGCUGGAGGAUGACGUCCAGAAACGAUACUGGGUGUUCAGGUCAUGGGGUCGAGUCGGCACCACCAUUGGGGGAAACAAACUGGACAAGUUUUACGAUAAGAACUCUGCUAUGGAUAAUUUUUGCAGUGUGUAUGAGGAAAAAACAGGGAAUUCCUGGGCCUCAAGAAACUUCACAAAACACCCCAAUAAGUUUUACCCUCUUGAGAUUGACUACGGACAGGAUGAGGAGGCUGUAAAGUUGUUGACUGCAAACGCAGGCGCCAAAUCCAAGUUGGCCAAACCCAUCCAAGACCUCAUCCGAACGAUCUUUGAUGUAGAGAGCAUGAAGAAAGCCAUGGUUGAGUUUGAGAUUGACUUGCAAAAGAUGCCUUUGGGAAAACUAAGCAAACGACAGAUCCAAAGUGCCUAUUCCCUUCUGAGCGAGGUCCAACAGGCUGUGGCUGAUUGCUCUUCAGAAGCACUGAUCUUAGACCUGUCCAAUCGCUUCUACACACUAAUACCUCAUGACUUCGGCAUGAAGAAGCCACCGCUGUUGAGUAACGUGGAUUACAUACAGCAAAAGGUGCAGAUGCUGGACAACCUGUUGGACAUCGAGGUGGCCUACAGCCUGCUACGGGGAGGAGUGGAGGACAAUAAGAAAGAUCCAAUUGACAUUAACUAUGAGAAACUCAAAACCAAAAUUGAGGUGGUCGACAAGUCAUCAAAUGAGGCUGAGCUUAUACUGCAAUAUGUGAAGAACACACACGCUGCUACUCACAACACCUACACACUGGAUGUUGAGGAGAUCUUUAAGAUCGACAGGGAGGGUGAGUACCAGCGUUUCCGCCCCUUCAAAGAAUUACCCAACCGGCAGCUGUUGUGGCACGGCUCCCGCACCACCAACUACGCGGGUAUCCUGUCUCAGGGUCUACGUAUCGCUCCUCCUGAGGCUCCAGUGACAGGUUACAUGUUUGGCAAAGGCGUUUACUUUGCUGACAUGGUGUCGAAGAGUGCGAACUACUGCCACACGUCCCAGGCUGACCCUGUUGGCCUCCUUCUGUUAGGAGAGGUUGCCCUUGGAAACAUGCAUGAACUGAAGAAAGCCUCGCACAUUACAAAGUUACCAAAGGGUAAACACAGUGUAAAAGGUUUGGGACGAACUGCUCCGGACCCAACGGCUACUGUAUCUCUGAAUGGAGUGGACGUUCCGCUGGGCAAAGGGGUCAACACAAACAUUGAUGACACAAGUCUGCUCUACAACGAGUACAUUGUGUAUGAUAUUGCUCAGGUUAACCUGAAAUACCUGCUGAAGGUUCGCUUCAACUAUCAAUCCUCUCUCUGGUGAGACAGCGGGUCAGAUCUGCCCAUGUGGACAGGCUUUUGGACUCCACUGAAGCCAACUGCUGCAGCUUUAGCACCAAGACUAAGCUGUAUACGAGUUGACAAACGGUUAAAUCAGUUAUCUAGUGCUUCAGCAACACAUUCCCUGUUGCUCUAGCCUGUUAUUUUGAAGUAAGUUAAGUGGCUAUAUCUAUAUCUUCAUUUGCAAUCACAAAUUGUAUCACAGCAUUGUUGCAAAUGUUACAAGCUUUGGUAUAUAUUCACAGAAUUUUUUGGACUUAUCUGUGGAGAUCUUUCUUGUAAGCUACCAACAAUAAUAGGUAGACAGUCUUCCAUUUUUCAUAGAUUUUUUUCUUUGUUUUAAUACUUUUGUAGUGUACAUGUUUUUGGUUGUGUUCUCAAUAUAAAAAAGAGAAAAUGUACAGUUUUAGAAAAAAAAGUGUUGUAAGCUAGGAUAUAGCCUGCCAUGACUGAGUAACCUUUUACUAGAAUUGCCAUGUUUGGACAAAUAUUUUUUUUGUAUGUUAAAUGUGUACUGUCCUGGUUUUGCUUUCCAGUUUUGUCCCAUGUCAAAUUGUUCUUUGGCCAAUUGAAAUUGCAAUGUAAAGCUAAGAGCAAUGGCUGCUGCUGUACUCACACACCUGUAAUUUUUUUUUUUUUUUUGGUAAACGACAAACUUUUUGUGAACAAAAAGCCUGUUUGCAUCCUGACAAACGUCUUUGCUUCAUAAAUAAAAAAAGUUUUGGCUUA